AUAACGGCUUUCAUCUGUGAGACAUUUCAUUGGCUGAACUUUGUCAUUGGUUGAUUUUGUAGUACAGGCAUACAGGCGUGGGAAGUAAUUGUAUGGGAGUUGAGUUUAUUAAUAUAACUUACGUAAUUAACGACUACGAAACUGUUUAUCCUUUGAUUAUGUAAAUUGUUAGUUUGGCAUGAUUUGUAAUUACUUUUGACAUAGAAAGACUAAAACAAUAUUGUAAAGGCGAAGGUUUGAUAUUCGGUACUUUGGAGGGAACUUCAAACUAUAUUUUGGCAGGUGAUCUAACCAGACCUAGAUUUAUUUUUUCGCAAUGACGUGAUCAUGUUCAAUUUAAAUUCGUAAGGAAGCCGGUACUUUAACGCUUGUUGUAUUAGUAUUCAUUCUGCUAGGUGUGGAAUAACGUUUAAAUCGCCAGGUUCACAUUUGUUCCCAUAAAAUCGGUACGACGACAAUGUCAGGAAGAAGGAGGGCAAAUCGGGCAAGGAAGAAGAGAGCUAAAAGGCAGAAAAUGUUGAAUUUAAUGGAAAUAAUCAAAAAGAAGGAAGAUGUUUCUGAAGAGUUAGAAAUGGAACCACUAAUAGAAGGGGAUAUAAUUACUGCGGAAUCCUCACAAUUCUCUGAUGUGUUAAGCAGCACUGUAGGCAAUGAUAGUUUGCAUUUGCCUAAUGUAAAUAUGGAACAAGACAAUGAUACAGCAAGAAAAGAACUUCUGGAACCAGUUGGAGUUAACAUCAGCUCUUUGGAAAAAAGAAAGAAUGAAUUCUCAACACUAAAAAGAGCACCCAAACGAAGUAGAACUUCCAUCCUUGGCCAAGGUGGAAGGAAAGAUCUCAAUUGGCCCGAGAGGAAUUCAUCUACACCCUGCUUAACAUCAUGGCUUGUAGCAGCAGAGCAGAUGUUUGUGCCUUCUCCAGUGACAGACGAUGCACCAAAAGCUAAACGAAGUCGUGAUGAUGUGACUGUGUACUCAGAGGAUUGUUCUCUUGUAUGUCAACCUGUUAAAAAAACAAAGAGCAUAGCAACUUCCACUAAAGCAUCGUGUUCGUCUACCCAUCCAGUGAUGGAGAUAAUGGAAACAUCACCUGUAUUAACACCUAGCAACAAGCGUACAAGGCACAAUUCAGUGUUGAAUAAUUCCUUUACAAUUGAGAAGAUGUCUGAAACAGAUGAUUCUCCUCCAGUAUUUAGGCCAAAAAAACGCACAAAAAGUAUGUCAGGAAUUUCACCUCAGACGUCAAAAGAGUCACUGAAACUUUUACCAGAAUACCCAUUGCCUUCACAGAUGCCUUAUUUAAAAAUUACACCUGCUGAAUCUUGUACUACAAGCCCAGUGAGUUUACGUACUUAUGCAACAGGUCCAGAACACUAUUUGUUUUCAGCACCUCAGUUGCAAGAGACAGACAAUAACUCAAAUUUACUUGACUCAUUCCCUCCGAUGGAUGCACAAAAUAAGGUAAUUGAACAUGACAAGGAGUCGCUGACUUAUGUUCAAUCAACUAUAUGGAAAUUACUCUCUGCAAGCCUGUUGGGUUAUCAGAAACGUGUUCAGUGGCCUGCCUGUCUCUCGAUUUCCAAAAUGUUGGAGAUGUGUAUGUCAGUCUGCUCAAAGGUAAUCUGCUGGCUCAAAUUCUCAAUGAAAUAUCUUAGGAAGGUCUACACAUCGGUGAAAUGUUUCAUGUCAGUGAACCAGUUUGGGAAGGAAUCAUGCUGUUCUUGCAGAAUGCACAAUGAACAACUGGAACAGCGUCUUUCUGCUGUGGAAAAAGAAAUUGUGAAGUUGCAGGAAUUAUUGGCUACCAGAGUUAUAAGCAUCAAAACCAGUGAUGAAUUACUCACUGUAAAGAAUACAUCAGUACCACAUCCUCCAUGUUGCCCUCCACCACCACCACCACCGCCACCGCCACCACCACCCCCACCCCCACCCCUUAUGCCUGGUCAGGAAUCAACUAUAUUGAAAACUGUAAAGAAAACAGAGAGUUUACUGCCCAACAAACAAAUAUCACGUCUGGCCAUUACUGUAGAUGAUAUACGCAAAGUUCAGCUCAAAAAAACACCAUCUGCCAUACGUGGAGAAUGUCGUACACCAACUAUAGCUCACAGAGGACCUGUAGUAUCAUUGGAAAUGUUGCGUUCUGUUAAACUCCGGUCCAGUCAGGCAAGACGCAAAAGUAGUGAACAAAAUAAAGGAUCAUCCAAGUUUCCCUUCCAUUCACCUAGAGAUGCAGCCAUUUGUUCGCGUAUACUGCAGAGUGUGGACACCAAUGUGAAAGUGCGGCAGGGUGUUUUAAAGGAAAGUGAUUCUUGUUCAAAUGAGGAGAAGCUGCCAGCAUGAACUUGAGGUAAAAAUCGCAUAAAACUGUGACUGUACCCUUUCCAUGGCAUAAGCAGUGACAAAGCCUAAGGCUGAAGACUGAAGAUGGACAGGAGCACAAUCAUUGACACCAGCAUUGAAUUUGACCAGAUAUAUAAGGAUAUCAGAAUAUGUCUCAGGUGCAUUUUGUAGGUUUGUUAUGCAUUUUAUGACUUUUACUUUAAGCAACAUUUCUCACCUUAAAUGUUUGCGUAAAGUAAAAUAUAAGUAUGAGUUUAUGUAUUUAUUAUUAGGUGAGUGGUCUUUAGCAUUGACAUAGGAAAGACGUUUCUGGUUUAUGUGGACAGAAGUUAUUACUAAUCAAAAGCUGAGGCUGAUAUUAUUUAACAUUCCUUGCCUAUGUCAACUUUGCUUUCAUAACCAUUAAGUAACAUUUAAUGUUACUGAAUGUCUAAAAUCAAGUAGUGAAUACCUGAAGUCAGGGCAGUUACUUAAACACGCUUAGUAGAAAGACUUACACCAAUAAAUAAUAUGGAUCAAAUGAUAUAAAUAGGAUAAUUCUUUGAAAGUGGCAUGAAAUGAUAUUUAAUCAUGUAUGAUGUGGCAUAUAUAAUGACUUUUUUCCUUAUUCUGCAGUCAGCAUGAUGCGAAUAUUAUUUAACAUUCCGGUGUUGUAUGCUGUGUAAGUGACUAAUUGUUUUCCAUUGUUUGCAUUGUAUAAUUUCCAGGAUUUGUGGGGGUGACAGAAUAGACAUUUAUAUGCUUCAUUCUGGUGCUUGUAGUCUGUUAAUAUCUUUUAUUAUUUGUCAUACAUUCAUUAAAAUACAAGAAUUGUACAACCUGCCUCACUUUGAAUAUCUUAUGGUUGCAUAAGAGUGUAAUUCCUAAUUAUUAUUAUUAUUUGCUCUGUAAGGUACAUCAGAGAGCAUUAACACAUGGGGCAGUCUUCUGUGAUGACUGCUGAAUGGACAGUAAAUGUUCAUAUACAAUCUUGCCCAUUUGCAAAUAUAAUCAUAGACAUCACCACAUUUAUACAUUUCAGAGAUAAUCUUUGAACAACAGAAGAAACAAUAUUGUAAUUUUCAAUUAAAAGAUGUGAUAUUGCAUGAACUCUGUGAUGUGAAUGUCUGCUGUUAAGGAUAGAUUCCUUUCCAUUCAUUGCAAUACAGAUAACUAUGAAAAGAGUGAAAGAAACUGUAUAAUUAGGUUGUGGAUAAUGUGUUUGUGUUAUUGCUGAGAUGAAAUUGAUUACCAAAUUUCUCAAUGAUGUUCAUAAUGUUAAGUGUUUUCUGUAGUAUCUGGUUCAAAGGUAUUGUGAUCUUUAUAAUAUGAAAUAUCUGUUCAGAAAUCAACUCUUCUAGGGCUUACAUUUGCAUUAGCUGAAUGCAGAUUAAUUGUUAACAUUGUGAACUAAUUAAUAUAUUUGUCUUGUUUCGUAAUGUACAAUGUAAUUUAUUUUUGAUUAUUUUUUAACAUGUUUGCUUUGACAGUUGUAUUGACUUUGUAAUAUGUUUUUUUAUAUACUUUUGAAAUUGAAUUUGAAGUCUGUUAUACAAACAGGUAAUGAUUAACAAAUUAUUUUUUAUGUAAGAAUAGUCUGAUACCUAGCAAUAAAAACUAACAAGAAAGACUU